AUGUUUGAUGAAUAUUCACAUCGAGAUAAAAAUAUAUUUUAUGUAGAUGAAAACAUACCAGGGCCAACAGAGAACACUGAUGAGUAUAAACAGUUAAAUGAAAAUUUUAAUUCACAGCUAAUACACCAUUGUGAAUGUAUUUUGAAAUGUUGUGAAGGAACUUGCUACUGUUUCAAAAUAUCUGGUGGUUUGAACUAUAUUUCUUUUGUAGAUCAAGCAACACAUAAAGAUACAUAUUUAUUAAAUAGAAAUAAAAUAAAUUGUAAUUAUCCAAUUAUUGAAUGUAAUGAAUCCUGUCAAUGUUCAAGCCAAUGUGGCAAUAGGCUAGUCCAAAAAGGACCUCUUAAAUUUUUAUAUAUGCAGAUUUGUAAAAAUGAACUGAAAGGCUUGGGCUUAUUUUCAAGUAAUCAUAUUUUGAGGGGUAUGUUUAUUUGUGAAUAUGCAGGGGAGGUUAUAACAAAAUCUCAGGCAUUAAGACGUCAUGAAAAUAACCAAGCUCAAGGUAAAAUGAAUUACAUUUUUUGCCUCCAAGAACAUAUCAAUGAAGAAAUUCUACAAACUUUUAUAGACCCAAGCAAAUUUGGUAACAUUGGACGCUAUAUAAAUCAUAGUUGUGAACCCAAUUGUGAAAUAAUACCUGUAAGAGUUAACAAUCCAAUACCCAAAUUAGCUAUUUUUAGCAGUACAGAUAUAUUUCCAGGUACUGAAAUUACUAUUGACUAUGGUGUCAGCUCAUUAAAUAAUCCUAUAAAAACAACUGUUAACAUAAGAAAACCAUGCUUAUGUGAAAGCACAGGGAGUGGAAGCGGAACGUGCCAGAGUUUGAGGGGCAAUUGUUGCAAUCAUCUCGUUGAGCAUAAACAAACCAAU